CUGGGUCUUGGGCUUGUUUAGCACAGCAUACACAACUAGAAACUUCUGACCAACUCAUGCAAGCGAGUUGCCCACGUCUAUCACUGCGGGGGCAGACGGGAACGGACGAAACUUUUGAUAACUCAGCAAAAUGCCCUCUUUCCCCCUCAACCAGUUCACCGACUUGGAAGAGAUGAUGUGCAAGCAAUUACUGAAUCUGGACUUGAGGGACCAUAACGGACCACUACCAUCCCUCAGUCUGGCCAUGAGAUCCCCAGGAUGCAUUGGGCAGCCACGAAGCAACUUAUCGUUUUCCCUGUCGUCUCUCUCCUGCCUUCCCACUGAUUCUUCCGACAGUGUAUUUCUGACCUCCAGCCAAUGGGGACAAGAGUCAGAAAGCCCUCUGCCAAUCGAGACCGCCAAUACCAACCAGUGGGCAAAGCCAGGCUUCCUUGCACAGCGCUCCAUCAGCAUGGUAGAGACCGGCAGCACCACAGCGGCAGGUCUAGGCUGGCCCGGGACUGACAUGUUACAUUCCCCAAGUGACAUCAGCCCCAACGCACUGAAUACCAGCUCCUCCUCUUCCUCCUCAUCCGUUUCCUCUUCAUCGGCGCGCUAUAAGACUGAAAUGUGUCGAUCUUUCAAUGAGAGUGGCUUGUGCAAGUACGGUGGGAAGUGCCAGUUUGCUCACGGGCUAGAUGAGCUGCGUGAUCUUAACAGACAUCCAAAAUACAAAACUGAGCCAUGCCGCACAUUUCACACCGUUGGUUUCUGCCCCUAUGGGAUGCGCUGCCACUUUGUCCAUAACAAUGAGGAAGAAAUUAAUCACUCCUUGUCCCGUUCCUCCUCUUGUUCGUCAUCCUCCUCUUCAAGCAUUCCCCAGCAGCCACCUGGCUCCUUCCGCUCUCACAGGCCUCCUCUUGUCAGACAUAGCUUCAGCUUUGCUGGGUUUCCCUCUGCCCCCCAGCCAGCCUUUCAGCCUACCCUUAACGCUCGACCUCCUCCUGCCACAGCUUCCUUCUCACGUGCUCCAUCGGCCUCGCCUCCUUCCUGCGCUGACAUUACUGACCUCCUUUCUCAUGCCUUCCUGGAGAUGGACUCUGCCUUUGAGGCCUCCCCUGUCCACCAGUUCCAACCCCCCAUGGUCCCGGCCCCUACAGCAGAUCCUCGGUCUCCAUUCCUGCCUUCCCCAGACUCUGGCUGUUCUCCAUGUGGGCUGUCUCCGAAUGCCUCCCCUUCCCUGGGGCAGAGUCCAAGUGCUUCAGAAGUGUUUCCGGGGCCACUGGGUGCCCGAAGUCUGUCCUAUACCUCUCUGUCGGACCAGGACCAGGAGCAGGAUAGGAGCAGCUCUGCCAGCUCGCUCAGUGGCUCUGAAUCCUGCGGUGGCAUGCAUGAUGCUAAUGGCAGACGAUUAGCAGUAUUCAGUCAGCUCUCCGUUCCAGAGGAUGCUACUGGAUUCUGCCUUUAGGCUGCAGUGUGCUGUGAACACAAACAUACAUAUUGCAUACACUCAAACAUGCAGACCCAAGAUACUCUUGAGACACAAUAUAUGCAGUGCACACAUAUCCAUGCUCAAACACACACACACGGCCCUAAUUUACAUUGCCACUUCAUUGAAACCUCAGAAGUUCUUUGCACCUGCGUGUCUUCAAAGGAAAUAAAGACUUUGUGACUGACUCAGAACGCACGGAGAGAUUAGCCCAUUAGGUUUAAGUGGCUAAAAUGUCACGGUCAUAUCUAUCUGUAAGGGGAGAAGCUAAAGUGAUGCAGAAACUGAAUUGUGUGUUGCCACCAGACAUGGUGCGUAAUGAGUCAGAAUUCAAAUAGUGCUGGGAGCGAUUGAUACUUUACCAAAAUAGUAUGCUGACAUGGCAAAUUUAGACAAAAAAUGUGUAAUCACAGUGUGAUUGGCCUUUGUGCCGCUUGUUGUCGAGUCCCACCACACAAUUUUUUUUAUUACAUUUUAACAUCAUCCGAGUGAUUCUCUAAAAAAUUUAACAAAGCCAAAGACAUCUUUUGUAGCUCUGACAUUUUGAUUAUGGUGGUACAAACACACAGUGUAACUUGUGUUUUUAGGAAUUGUGGAUUUUCCAUCAACUGUUCACAUGGUCGUGUUUAUAAGCUGGUGAAACAGUUUUUUCCUCAUAGCUCUACAGUCUGAGGUUACAUUUAAAUCACUGGCCUCCAACCUGAAUGUUACGUUUUUUUAAACAGCUGAAGUGCCUGUUACGUUAUUUACCAGGUCAUGUGUUGAAACAAUAUUUGCUUGUUCGUUAGGAGUGAUGUGUGGAUGGGCUGUGAAUCAUUUUAUUUAGUCAAGUAAGCUUAGUGUAAGUUCAGGUCUCUCCGUUAAGAUGACUACAAGUGUUCCUUUGUCUUGUUCAUUAUUGACAAACUGCUACCAGUUAAGUGCCAAAUGACCAAAUGUAACCUACAGAAGGAAGAGGGGUUACUCUGUUUUAGCUUAACAAAAAGCCUAGUGGACUUGAUCCUACUUUGUUGAAUCCAAUGUUUAUGAUGCAUUAUUCAACAUCUUAUUCAGACCUAUAUGAUCUGAACAUAGCUAAAGUUGCAGAGGUUCAUUUCCUAGAAAAAAGUAUGAAACAGUUAAGGGAACAUUUCAUGCCAGUCCUGUUUAAACCAUUGCUGAGUAUGUAUUUUAGAUGAUCUUAACGCAAACAUUCCCAGGAGUGUGGAUUGUUUCCCUCCUUUGUCCGCAGGUAGCACUGGUGCAAGCUUUUUAAAAAAUAUUUAUAAUUUUUGUGACUCACCCCACUAUUUUUCAUCCCUCCGUCAAUAUUAAAUAUUUGUACUGUUAUGAAUGUGUAGUGUACCUGGUCACAUUUAGGUGAACUGUGCACCCAGGUUGGUUGCCUUACUGAGCUAGAUCCAGCAUUCUGUAGGGUUAGGGUAUGUAUGCUUAGUGUUAUAGAAAUGUUACUCAGUUGUUUUGUGUGUUUAUGACGUAGUUGGUUAGAAGAACAAACACUGCUGUUACUGGUCUAUUUAAAAUUGCCUUUUUCGUCAACAUGUUUAAGGCUCGUUUAGUGUUUAAGGUGAUCAUCUUUAGUAAAUUAAUUUCUUUAAUUUAUUUUAACGUAUUUAUAGAGGACUUUGAGUUGGUAAUGCUUGCAUCAAGUUUAAUAUAUUUGGUUUCUCUUGUUUUUUUGUACUGGUAAUAAAGUUUCUUGUUUUUGAUCUUUUCACAA